AUGAAAAGAAUAUUCGGCAAGAUUCGACGAACUGAAACACUAAUCUACAAUAGCUUUGUUUCACGUUUAAUAUCUAUCUAUCUAUCUAUAUAUCUAUCUAUCUAUCUAUCUAUCUCUAUAUACGUGUAUAAGUCGAUACAUCUCUCUAUGUCUGUUCAUAUCUCUCUCUCUCUCUCUCUCUCUCUCUCCAUCUCUCUAUUCAUCUAUCUAUCUAUCCAUAUCGGUACAUAUCAUCUAUCUAUCUAUCAUCUAUGUCUGUUUAUCUCUAUCUAUCUCUCUAUCUCUCUCUCUAUCUAUCUAUCUCAUCCAUCUAUAUCGGUACAUAUCUAUCUAUCUAUCUAUCUAUCUAUAUCUGUUUAUCUCUCUCUAUCUAUCUAUCUAUCUAUCUAUAUCGGUACAUAUCUAUCUAUCUAUCUAUCUAUCUAUCUAUCUAUCUAUCUAUGUCUGUUCAUAUUUAUGCCUGUUCACAUCUCUCUAUUAUCUAUCUAUAUAUCUAUCUAUGUCUGUUCAUAUCUAUCUAUCUAUCUAUCUAUCUAUCUAUGUCUGUUCAUAUCUAUCUAUCUAUCUAUCUAUCUAUCUAUGUUCAUAUCUAUCUAUCUAUCUACCUAUCUAUCUAUCUAUGUCUGUUCAUAUUUAUGCCUGUUCACAUCUAUCUAUCUAUCUAUAUCUAUCUAUCUAUCUAUUCAUAUCUAUCUAUCAUUCAUCUAUCUAUCUGUAUGCCUGUUCAUAUCUAUCUAUCUAUCUAUCUAUCUAUCUAUCUAUCUAUCUAUGUCUGUUCAUAUCUAUCUAUCUAGCUAUCUAUGCGCUGAUGAGCAUCCGAAACCUGAUAGAUCAUCAUCCUCGUCAAACCCUUCAAUCUCGCCUCCAUCGUCAACCUCCUAG